GGUGUGUGUGUCCAGGUGGAGGCUCGGCGCACCUGUCCUCGGCAUCCAAACAGCCACCACCGCCACCGCCACCACCUCCACCACCACCACUACCACCUCCACCACCACCUGACUCCUCAUAAUUCUUGGCCAGGUUUUCCUCCGCGCGGUGUCCGGUAAGCAAGUUAAGGAGAGCGCCCCAUCCAGGUGAAGACUCGCCGUAAUGGGCCUCCGACGCGCGUUCCGGCCCCUCACACCUGUCCUGAUGCUGCUAAUGACCCUCACCUGCCCCGCCCUCACCAGUGCAUCAGAGACAGAUGGUGUUGGCGGUGAUACAAGACACCUACGCUGGGCUACCUCAUCGCUCCUACAACCCACCAACCACCAUCACCACCACCACAACCACCACCACCAGCAUCACCACCACAAGCACCACCACUCCCGGUUCUCUCUCUCCUCCUUCAUCGCCUCUAGAAAUGACGUGAGGAGUCGCAGCAUGUCCUUCAGAAACAACAGUGUAGCCAACUUAACGGCGCAGCUUGGGGGGACGGUCUUCCUGCCCUGCCGAACCACCUAUGUCAUGGAGAGGCAGCUCCUGCCGCAGGUGUCGUGGGUGCGCCGAAGGGACUGGCACAUCCUGACCUCCGGCACGCAGACCUACACUAGGGAGGAGCGCUUCGCCGUCCACCACCCCGAAGGCAGCACCGAGUGGACGCUGGCGAUAAAAUAUGUGCAGUUAGCGGAUGCCGGGACCUACGAGUGUCAGGUGGCCACGGCUGAGGGGUUGGCGUCUCACCUGGUACAGCUGGACGUGGUGGUGCCGAGGGCUGUCAUACCUGGCCGGGCCGAACACCACGUCGAGGCAGGCUCCACCAUCUCCCUCACCUGCUUCAUUGAACAGAGCCCCGUGGCCCCGCAGUACAUCUUCUGGUACCACAACGCGCGGAUGAUAAAUUAUGACCGUGAGCGAGGCGGCGUGGCGGUGCACAUUGAGGCGCGGCCAAGGGUGGCGUCGAGGCUUCGGGUGAGCGACGCGCGGCCCGAGGACUCCGGCAACUACACGUGCGCCGCCGCCAACACCAAGCCGGCCUCCGUCACGGUCUAUAUUACGGAGGCCGCCAACAAGAUCGCCGCCGUUCAGCCUCGCGCCCCUGACAACAGUGCCGCGCCGGGCCCCUCCCUGACCCUGCUGGCACCGCUACUACUUCUUCUGCCACCCCUGCUGCCCUGCUGCUGCCACUGAACCCACGCAGCUCCCUCGCCGGGCACUCCCUCCUCCUCCUCUUCCUGCCGCUAAACGCAAGAAUGAGAUGGAGGAAUGGGUGGACAAGGGUUGAUGUUCUUUCUUCUGCCUACAAUCCACACCAAACGGGACAUUGAUGAGGUUAAGGACUCCAGUCAACUCCCUUCUGAAGCCCAAUGCAGGAGUGAGAUGGAGAGACAAGUGGGCAUGGAUAGAGACUCAUUCUUCUGCCCUCAACCCGUCUUGCAUCUUACCCCGAGGAGAAGGACACGAAGAUAGCAUGCCCUUCCGAAACCCAAUGCAAGAAUGAGAUGGAGAGACAAGUGGGCAUGGAUAGAGACUCAUUCUUCUGCCCUCAACCCGUCUUGCGUCUUACCCCGAGGAGGACACGAAGACAGGAUGCCCUUCCGAAACCCAAUGCAAGAAUGAGAUGGAGAGACAAGUGGGCAUGGUUAGAGACUCAUUCUUCUGCCCUCAACCCGUCUUGCAUCUUACCCCGAGGAGGACACGAAGACAGGAUGCCCUUCCGAAACCCAAUGCAAGAAUGAGAUGGAGAGACAAGUGGGCACGGAUAGAGACUCAUUCUUCUGCCCUCAACCCGUCUUGCAUCUUACCCCGAGGAGAAGGACACGAAGAUAGCAUGCCCUUCCGAAACCCAAUGCAAGAAUGAGAUGGAGAGACAAGUGGGCACGGAUAGAGACUCGUUCUUCUGCCCUCAACCCGUCUUGCAUCUUACCCCAAGGAGAAGGACACGAAGACAGGAUGCCAUUCCGAAACCCAAUGCAAGAGUGAGAUGAAGAGACAAGUGGAUAUGGAUCGAGACUCAUUUUUCUGCUCUCAACUCGUCUUGCGUCUUACCCCAAGGAGGACACGAAUAUAAGGUUUUAAGGACAUCCCCAUCCCUCCUCCUUGCAGACCGGCACAAGAAACGCGGAAACGGAUGGACACUAGUGGACUCUUGAUUCUCCCAACGGUCCGUCUCGCAUCCUCUUACCCUAACGAGAUGAGGCGGUGAAGAUUCAAGAUGCCAUUCACCUCCCAGCUUGCCCCACCUCACACAGCCUCCCUCUGCAGCCCCACGCAAGAAUGAGAUUGAGAAACGGAUGGAGACGGGUUAGAGACUUUGUUCUAAAUGGAUAUUGAUGGGUAAAGACUCAUUUUUCUCCCCAUAAUAGUAGAAAAAUAUACAGUGCUACAAUACGAGUAAUACAACCAAUACAGUAAUAGAAUGAUAGGAAAACUUAUACAGUGAUGCAGAGAUACGAAAAAUGGACAGUGACAUCGUAAUACAACCAAUACAGAAAUACAAUGAGUUACCUUAUCAUGACA